AUGGAAAACAAGAUAAGCACUACUAUUCUUAUCAACCGACGUAUGCAUUACAACACGACAACUCACCAUCAGCAAGAGUAUAAAAGCUGUAAAGUAGAACCAGAGAAAACAAAGGAAGCAGAGAAUAUGUUCAACUCAAUGUACCGUUACAUAUCUGUGAUAACGCUGCUGGUGUUUGCCACCAUGAACGAGAGCCAGUCAACUAAGUUAGAAGUCAUUAAAAAUAAACUUUGGAGGUCUCAAGGUGUUGAACAGAAAUAUGCUGAUUUGGUUCUCGAAAAAGAAGCCAAGAUUUUUCAAUAUGCAUAUAUGAUUAAUCAUAAAACAGGCAACGACACCACGAAAU